CAUCAGUGGCAUCAAGACUAGCAACAUUAAUAACACCAUCAUCGUCAUUACCAUUAUCAGUGACAACAGAAAAACUGUCUCCAACAUCAUCGUCAUUAAUAUCAUCAUCGGUACAAAAAUUAUCUUCAGCCUUACCGUCACAAAUAUUAUCAGCAGAAACAGCAUUGGCACCGACAACCUCGUCGUCAAUAGUUUCACCUACUCUAACGUUGUCACUUAAACCAUUGUCGUUAAUGGCAUCAAGAGUAGCAACAUUAAUAAAACCAUUAUCGUCAUUAGCAUUAUCAGUGACAGCAGAAAAACCUUCUCCAAAAUCAUCGUCAUCACUAUUAUCAUGUGUAGAAAAUUUAUCUUCAGCCUCACCGUCACAAAUAGCAUCAUCAGAAACAGCAUUGGCACCAACAACUUCGUCGUCAAUGGUUUCACCAGCUCGAACGUUGUCACUUAAACCAUUGUCGUCAUUAGCAUCAGUGGCAUCAAGAGAAGCAACAUUAAUAACACCAUCAUCGUCAUUAGCAUUAUCAGUGGCAGAAGAAAAACUUUCUCGAAAAUCAUCGUCAUCACUAUUAUCAUCUGUACAAAAAUUAUCUUCAUCCUCACCGUCACAAAUGGUAUCAUCAGAAACAGCAUUGGCAUCGACAACCUCGUCUUCAAUAGUUUCACCAGCUCCAACGUUGUCACUUAAACCAUUGUCGUCGAUAGCAUCAGUGGCAUCAAGAGUAACAAAGUUAAUAACACCAUCAUUGUCAUUAGCAUUAUCUGUGGCAGCAGAAAUACUUUCUCCAACAUCAUCGUCAUUAAUAUUAUCAUCGGUACAAAAAUUAUCUUCAGUCUCACCGUCACAAUUUCAGAAGCUGGCAAAUGAUACUAUUUCAAAGUUCAACGGCCUAGAUAUCACCAACAUCAAUUCCUUGCAGGCAGCUGCCAAUUUGUUUGAAAACUUCACCACUAAACAUCAAAGCAUGAACCUUGGAGAAGGACAGCCUGAGGUAGAAAAGCUCAGAACGGAGUCCAUUUUUAAGGUGGCAGUUGCCCUCGAGAAAUUUGUACUUAGGUAUGGCAAAUACCAUUUACGUGAAACAAACCGUUCAAAAAGGAUCAGUUACCCUCACCGAAACAUGCGUGAGUAG